GGUUUCACAGGGAACAAACAACCACAUACAUCUAUCACAAUUAGGAAAAUGGCGAGAGUAGUUGGAGACGAAGUGAGCAACAAGCAGGUGAUAUUCAGGGACUACGUCACUGGUUUUCCCAAGGAAUCAGACAUGUACCUGCGCACUGGUACCAUAAAGCUGAAGGUUCCUGAAGGUUCCAAGGCGGUUCUGGUGAAGAAUCUCUACUUGUCCUGCGAUCCUCUCAUGCAAUUCUUCAUGAGGAAAGUUCAAGGUCCUGAUCGAUACGAUUACUACACCCCUGGCUCUCCUGUAUUCGGGUAUGGCGUGGGUAAAGUUUUGGAUUCUGGGCAUCCAGAUUUUAAGGCAGGGGAUUUGGUUUGGGGGAUGACAGGAUGGGAAGAGUACAGCCUAAUCACCAAAAGUGAAGGCCUCAUUAAAAUCCAGCACACUCCUGAUGAUGAUGUGCCUCUUUCCUACUACACUGGAAUCCUUGGCAUGCCGGGUAUGACUGCGUAUGCUGGGUUCUAUGAGGUUGGUGCUCCUAAGAAGGGAGAAUAUGUCUUUGUUUCAGCAGCAUCUGGGGCAGUUGGUCAGCUUAUUGGGCAGUUCGCAAAGUUGACUGGUUGCUAUGUUGUUGGAAGUGCUGGAAGCAAAGAGAAGGUGGAUCUAUUGAAGAAUGAGCUUGGGUUCGAUGAGGCUUUCAAUUACAAGGAAGAGCACGAUUUGAAUAUAGCUUUGAAAAGGUAUUUCCCUCAUGGCAUUGACGUGUACUUUGAGCAUGUUGGGGGCAAAAUGCUGGACGCGGUGCUUCUCAACAUGAGACACAAUGGCCGCAUUGCUGUGUGCGGAAUGAUCUCACAGUACAACCUUGAAGAGCAUGAAGGCAUUAAAAAUUUGCUGCAGAUUGGGUUUAAGUGGAUCCACAUGAAGGGCUACACACAUCUCAAUUACUAUCACCUAUAUCCCAAGUUCUUGGACCUUGUGCUGCCUUACAUCAGAGAGAAGAAGAUAGUGUACGUGGAAGACAUAGCUGAAGGCCUCGAGAGUGGUCCAGCUGCCCUUGUGGGGCUUUUCACUGGUCGCAACUUUGGAAAACAAGUAGUUGCAGUUGCUCGUGAAUGAUUAAUUCAGCCAUCCAUUAAUUAAUGUAUAUUAUAUAUGUUCAUCAUGCCACUAUAUAUGUCAGCUAGGUGGCCUUCCUAUUCCUAGGUAUGAGGAAAACUGUGUACCAUGUAAGAUGUUUUAUGCUUAAUAAAUGGUUUAAAGUUUGCAUGCA